AUGCUUCAAACCAACUUGUUAGCGCCAGGACAUUCAGACGUGGUCACUCACGUCACGUACGACUUCUACGGCGAGAGAUUAUCAGUGGCGACAUGCUCGGCUGAUCAGAAGAUAAAGGUUUUUCGAAAGACGCAAGAAGGUACAUGGGACCAGGAGACUGAAUGGAAGGCACAUGACGCUCCCAUACUUCACCUGUCAUUCUCACAUCCAGUACAUGGCUCUUUACUCGCAUCUUCAUCGCAUGAUCGAUCCGUCAGGGUGUGGGAAGAACCUACAGGACGUGAACGAGAUGGAAGAUGGAUAGAGAGGGCAGUGUUGACGGGAGCGAAAGGAAGUGUCAAACAGGUUGAAUUUGGCGUCGCUGAUGCGGGAAGUGAACCUAGAGUGGCAACAAUAUCAACAGAUUCAUAUCUUCGAAUAUAUUCGUCAGCAGAUCCUUCAUUAUCAGAUUGGUCGUUACAUCAACCUAUUCAUAUUCCAACAUUACCGACACCAGGUUCAACUGAUGAGCCUACAGUGGAUGGACCUAGCAACACAUCUUCGGGCGAAUUAGCUAAUGGUGGAUGGGGCAUAUCAUGGUGUAAAGAAAGAUGGUGGGGAUCAAUUAUAGCUUCCUUCUCAGGCUUGUCACCUAUCAUCAAGAUAAUCUCAAUACCCUUAGAUACGUCUUCUUCCUCGACAUCAUUAUUAUUCCUGAAUCCACCACAAUCGUCUUCAACAUCACCUUUGACAAGUGUAUCGUGGGCUCCAUCAUGUGGAAGAGCAUAUCAUCUUAUAGCUUCUGGAAGUAGAGAUGGCACAGUCCGAAUAUGGAGAAUCGAGCCUCCUGGUGAAAAAUUAAGAGUAGAUUAUAAUGAUAAUGAUGAAAGUGAUAAUCACGUAGGCUGGAAAGGCGAUUGUGUAGCAGAGUUCGGAAAAGGUGGUGCAAGAGUAGGAAUGGUUGACUGGAAUGCGACGGGCACAACACUGACUACGACCGAUGAUGAAGGCGUAGUGAGGAUAUAUAAACCUACCUAUGCAAGAAGUUGGAAACUGUUGGGUCAAAUGACAGCUGAAGAACCUCCAUACGAAGGCGAGAAUGGGCAGUAA